AGCAAUUCGACCCAAUUCUAUUUAUCUAACAUAACAAUUAUGCUUUGUAAUCGCAUAAAACAUUUAAGUAUAGGGCAACGUUUAUACCCUAUAAAAAACCAUGUUGCAGCCUAUUGUUCAAACAUUCAGGCUAUUGAUAUGUCUUAUGACGUAUUUGAGUCCAAAAAUUCAGACAAUAAUUUGUCGCCGCUAAUAAUUAUGCAUGGGCUUUUCGGUUCAAAGCAAAAUUGGAGAGGCGUAGGACGCGCGUUAGCAUCGAAAAUGAAUCGAAAGGUAAUUACCGUUGAUGCUCGUAACCAUGGUAAUUCACCUCACACAGAUGAUCACGGCUCCAAAAGUAUGGCAGCAGAUAUUGUUCAAUUAAUGCAUCGAUUAAACUUUCAAAAAAUAUCCGUUCUGGGCCAUAGCAUGGGAGGGAGAACUAUGAUGUAUUUCGCACUUAAGUAUCCGGAGAUGGUUGAUAAAGGUAUAAUAGCUGAUAUUUCUCCAAUAAGUAUUCCUGGCGAUAUUUCCAUCAUGAGCAAAAUAUUAUUGGCUAUGAAAAACAUUAAUAUCCCUUCGGACGUACCGAUGGCGGCGGGUCGCCAACUAGCUAACGCUCAACUUAUUAAGGUUGUGCCAAGCAAAGAAACAGUAGACUUCGUUUUGUUAAAUUUACGAAGAUCAGACGAUGGAAAAUACUACUGGAUUCAUAACGUGGACGCUUUAUAUAAUAAUAUGUCAGGAUUUACAAAAUACAGUGAAACCAUUGGAGGUUUACCACCGUUUAAAGGCCCAAUAAUGUUUAUUUGCGGGAAAAAUUCUCCAUACGUUGAUCCCAAUCAUUGGCCACAAAUUCAAAAUAUUUUUCCAAAUUCGGAAAUUCAUUGGCUUGAUGCGGGCCAUUUAGUCCAUUUUGACCAGGCGGCCAAAUUCAUUGAAUUAACAGUUAACUUCCUGAACAAAUGAUGCUAAAAGUACUUGAUGUUUUACGAGAUUUUUUAUAAUGUAUUAUACAUACAAACAAAUAGAAUAAAUGCUUCUUCUUUGUUGGUAAAGAAAGUAAAGCAACGGUGAUUUUUGCCAUUCCUUUUUUUUUUUG